AUGGAUCAACAAGAAACAACUCAAACUAAUUAUUCAAGAGUUUCUAAUGAUGUAUUAGAAGAUAUUACAACAACCUUAAAUAAAGAUUUGUUUAAUGAACAAUUUGAUUUAAAAACAUUUAUAGGAAAUAUAACUUCAUAUUCUGUUCCAAUGGAUAUUGAAAGUCGAUAUGAAAAUAAUAUUAGAACGUAUAUUAAAAUUUAUAUAUUUAUUUAUUUUAUUAUUUUUAUUCCUUCUCUCUUUAUUGGUUCAUGGAAAUUCUUUAUAAUGGAAUCUCUUUUCAAUACUUUAUUGUUCUUUUCUAUUCCUAAAUUAAAACAUUCUUCUCUUUUUCAAAUGAAACCAACUAUUCUUUCUAUUAUUUAUGUCUUUAUUAUAUUCAUUCUUUGCUUAUUUACAAAUAAAUUAUUCAUUUGGUUAUUAUUUACAAUAGCUGUAUCUGGAUCUACCUUACAUUCUAUCACAAGAAUUCAUAUGGAAGAAGUACUUCUGACUUCCCUUUAA